UGAUAAAUAUAUAUAUAUAAUCAAAGUAUUCUUUCACUUUCUUUUUCUGUAGCUUUCUGUGGGUGCCGUAGUUCUCCUGCCUCCUUGGUUUUACCUCUUCCAGCCAUGGAUAUUCUUAAAAAAAUUGACGCAAUAUUGAAAUUUAAGUUACCGAUUGUUCACAUAACGUUGAUCACUUUUGUACUUGUUAUGUUUGAGGAGUUGGUGGAGUUGAAGUUUAAAUGCCCAGAGGAUAAGGCAUCACAAGUUAUUUCCUCUCUCCUAAUUUCCAUCUUGGUGCCAGUUUUGAUCUUUACCAUUCGUCGUUCUCUUUCUCUAAAGAAACGCUACAGUUGCUUCACAAGUUUUGUUAUUUCAUUUAUGUGGAUCAUUGUUGUUUUGGUUGAUGGAAGGUAUUUCGAUUGCAUGUUCCAUCCAUAUGACACAAAAGCUACAGAAUCAACAUGGUAUUCCGAAUUAUCCAAGAUGAUAGGAAUGGGACUUUUCAUCUUGGCUCUCAUUGUCUAUUGGAUGUGUAAGGAGUGCAGUAAUAAUUGCUGUAAUGAAUGCUGUAAGGAGGUCUGUAAUCAGAAGGACGAACUACAGGAUGACUUUCUUAUAGAAGUUAAAGAGAAAAUCUGGAAAAAGGCAAAGGAACAAAACAGAGAGUCUGCAAAGAUAUUUGUAAAGGAAUUUUUACCUACGAUGGGCAAAAAUUAUUUACACAGAGAAAGAGAUUCAUUCUUUUGUUUCUAUUGCUGAAAGACGCUUUUACUAAAACAUCCCCAACUAAAACCCCAGUGAAUUCACCGACAUCUGAUCAACACAAGUCAACAAUGACAAUUAUUUCACUGAAAAAAUGUAUAUGUGCAGACCAACCAGAUGAUGGCUCCAAUGAGAGUCUUAUAGAGGAAUCUGUUGAAGAUUAUGGUACGACCCAGUCAGUCAGUCAAAUAGAAGCAUGAAGAACACUGCAGAGUAACCAUGUGGCUUUC